AUGAAUGAUUUUGAUACAGCAAAUAUCAAUCGAAAGACUUUUAAGAAGUUAACUGAACAUCCUAAAAUAAAUAGUACGGUUAAAAAGAAGACAGUAAUAUUAAAUAAGAUAAGUCAGAUCCAUUUUGAAUCUAUAGAUGAGAUAAUUUUAUUACUUGAAAAUGAAAACAUGAAACUGUUUGAUUUAGAAAUAAUUGAAAGUAUGAUUACUGCCUGUAGUUGUGAUAAAAUAAGAUUUAAUGACAUUCAUAACUUAACUAAGAUAAUUUAUCUUUAUCAGUUUGAUAGAAUGUUUAUAUAUAAAAUAAACAAGGUACUUAGAGAACGUUGUAAAGAUUCUGCAUGGGUAGUUUGUUUGUUUAUAGAAGUUGUGUUAUUAAAAGAAGGUGAUAUUAGUUCAGUAACUAAGAUUAUUAAAGAUAAUUUAAAAGAAAAAGACAAAAUGUUAAUUGUGAUCAAUUAUUUAGUUUUUAGUGUUAAUCUUGAUAUAAAGUUAAAAGAACAAUUUAGUAAAUUUUUAAAGAAUUAUAAAAAUACUAAAGAAUAUGCAGAUUCAGAUAGCGAAGUAAAUUAUUUUAAUUCAACAUGUAAAUUAUUGAAUUUAGACUUAGAAAUACAAAAGAGACAACUUUUUGUGAAAGUUAUUAAUGUUGUUGAACAUGAAUUUGAUUUUUAUAAGAGAAAUGACAAUCCUAAGGUUAUUGAUGAUACAAAUUUUAGUAAUUUAAGUUUAAAUAAAUUGAAGUCUAAAAUAGGAAAUAAAGAAAAAUGGUCAUCGUUGUACUUAAAAUAUAAAAUUAAUGUAGAUCUUUUAUUUACCGAUAACACACCAUUAGCUCUUUAUCCUUUUAUUGCUAAAAUUGUGUCUGAAUAUGAUCAAGCUAGAUUGAGAAAAUUUAAAGAUAGAUUGAAGACUAAAGAUGUGAAAAUUGAAUUUAUUUGUGAAUUAGUUAAAUUUAAAAUCUCUAAAGAAAUUAAGGUCACAUCAGUUCUUGAGAAAGCUCUAGUUGAAAAAGAUUUUAAAAUGAUUUGUAGAAUUCUAAUGAAUAUUGGAAGAUAUUUAUUAAACUCAGAGAACUCAAAUAAGUUUAUGAUAGAUUAUUUAGAUAGUCUCAAUACUUUGUUAUCAAGUAGUGAGUUGGAUAAUAACACUAAAAUUGAAGUUAAUAAUGCUCUAGGAUACAUUUAUAAUCACAAUAUUUACUUCGAUUCACAUCAAUAUGUCAAAUACGUAAUUAACAACACACGAUUACUUAAUCAAAUUAAAGAUCAUAAAUUAGCAUUAAGAAUACUUCUACUUAAACCAGAAUUAUUUAAUAACACCGAUAUGAUAGUAGAUUUUAUAAUUAAUUAUAAUCAAGACUUAAUAGAGCUUUAUUAUAAAUAUCUUGAUUUUUAUUAUAAAAAAUCACUUAAUCGGUAUUUUAUUUUUAUAGAAAUAAUUACAAAGUUUAUUAAUGUGACUGAUCGAAAUAAAGAUUACUAUUGUCAAAGAUUAUUUGAAAUUGAGGUUAAUUCAAAUAUCAAAGUACAAACAUUAAUUAUUUUAUUUGAGAAUUAUAAAUUAAUAGAUUUAUAUUUAGAAUUUAUUGUUAAAAAUAUUGAUUUAUGUAAUGAUGUUAUAAAAUCAUUAUUUUAUACUUUUUUAAAUACAAUUGAUAGAAAAGUAACUAAUAAAAAGACAGUUAAUAAAACAACAAAAGAAGUAAAAGAAGAAAUUGACUUUGAUGAUGAAUUUAAGUAUUUAGAAGAAUUAUAA